AUGCAAUUCCUCAUACAUGGUGUUUCGUCAUUGAACCUUACCAAUGAUUAUCUUAACCACAAAUGCUUCCUUAAUCAAGGAAUUUAUAACUCUAGAAGUAAGUACAAGGACAACCUCAACAUUUGCUUACGUGAGGUUCGUACUGGAAGUUCUACCAUGGGUGGUUACCUGAAUAUGAAUAUGGGUGAAGCUCCGGAUACUGCUAACGUUCUGUUCCAGUGUCGUGGUGACACUCGUGGGUCUAAAUGCAAUUCAUGUGGUGACGCAGCAGUCGCAGGGUUUCGUAAAAGAUGUCCGAUGAACAAAGGAGGUAUAAUAUGGUAUAACCUAUGUUUUCUCUGGGUUAGUGCGAUUAAUGAAACUGAUGGACAAUUCAAAACUGAUUAUAAGAAUACAUUUUCUAUGAAAAACCCAAAUAACGUGAGAGGGGAUGCAAAAUUGUUCGCCAAGAGGGUGGUAGAUUUUUUUUCUGAGCUAACACUUAAAGUCUAUCUACGCCUCAAGUGGGGCCACGAAGUCAUACUUUACUCAGCAGGGGAGAAGAAGCUCGGGAAAAAUACAUUGUAUGCAAUGGUGCAGUGUAUAGGAUCAACAUUAGAUUGUGAAAGUUGCUUGGCAUGGAGUAUCAAUAAGCUUUUCAAGAACGGUGAUAUUAAACAAGGAGGAAGAGUUUUGGGUAUGAACUGUAAUAUCAGAUAUGAGCUAUAUCCGUUUCUUAGGAGUUAAAGAACUUUUAUGGUGGUGAUGAAUACAUCCUCUUCAUAAUUUCCAAUUAUGUUUUAGUUUUGUUUACUCUUUUCCUUUUUGCUGAAAUGUAAUAAUCAUAUAUUAAUAAUAGCGUUUACAAAAG